AGACGCCCGCUCCUCACCAGAGGGACAGCAGCCCUGCUCUUACAUUUCGCUGCCUAACUCUGUCCUGAAUGUGCCCGAGUGGGGAUGGUCUGUCAGUGGCUAUAAACUGCUUCUCAUCAGGAAACUACAUUAGCUCACCAUCACUUCAAAGGUCUCGUCAGACAGAGGUGACGCCAGGAGAAGAUUUAAAGGUGAAAAUGACAAGGUUUCCACCCCUCAAACCCUGGCUCCUUCUCUGACAAUACAGCGAACGAACUCAACGUCCUCUUAGCCGUGGAAAAUCGGAAGAGGAAAGCCUUUUUUUUUUUCUCUGUCUUUAAUUCUUGAUAAAGAACUGCUGGGAAGUGCUGCCUUUGAAUAUCGCAGAAUUGUGGCACAGAUGGAUUUUAAAAAGUGUUAGCUCUUUCCAAUGAACACUAGGAGAGUGCCCUGCUCUUGGCUGGAUUUUCCAGAGAAUGGCAAUGGUCUCUGCGAUGUCCUGGGUCCUGUAUUUGUGGAUAAGUGCUUGCGCCAUGCUGCUCUGCCAUGGAUCCCUCCAGCACACCUUCCAGCAGCAUCACCUGCACAGACCAGAAGGAGGGACCUGCGAAGUGAUUGCAGCCCACAGGUGUUGUAACAAGAACCGUAUAGAGGAGCGGUCGCAAACAGUGAAGUGUUCCUGUCUACCUGGGAAAGUGGCUGGGACAACAAGAAACCGACCUUCCUGUGUGGAUGCCUCCAUAGUGAUUGGGAAAUGGUGGUGUGAGAUGGAGCCCUGCCUAGAAGGAGAAGAAUGUAAGACACUCCCUGACAAUUCUGGAUGGAUGUGUGCCACAGGCAACAAAAUUAAGACCACAAGAAUUCACCCAAGAACCUAACAGAAGCAUUCAUUAUACAAAUAGGAAAAACAACCUGUGGAAAAUACAUUGCGAGGAUUUAAAAUAGCUUACAUACUUGCAAGCCAAAUGGAUCUCUCUUAUUUGCACUUUGACUGGUUACUCAGAGUGCAUUUGCUUUGUGAAACAGAGUACCCCAUAAGAAGACUCGGGAUUUUUCUGGCAGCAUCAAGGGAAAAAGACUUUUAAAAAAAUCAAAACAAACGAGUUUUCUCAGUGAAGUUUGGAGGAUCACGAAGAACGAUCAAUCGUCUUCUUAGAACUACCAUUACUUUGUACCAUUUGAAAUAUAUGUAUAUAUAAUAUUUUGAAAUAUUAUAUAUUCUCUUCAAGAAAUGAACAGUACCACAGUGAGAGGUGGCUGGUGUAUCCCUUUUGGUUUGGAUGUUUGGUCGGUUUUGUUUUGUUUGCCAUUUCUUUUUCUCUUGGUGAGGAGGAUACAUGCCCGUGUGAGAAUCCAACAUGGCGCUCUCCCUGGAAAGCAAGCUGCAGACGGACUCCUGGAAUCUGAGUCAUCCUGACAACUCUGAGUCAAGAGCUUCCCUCUGCUUCUCCCUGGUGACCCAAGGAAGCUCUUCGUCUUGUUUUAUUGCUUUCUACCUGUGCAAUAUUAGCAUGCAAGCUUGACUUACAUAACCAUACUUUAUAUUGGAUUGAUAUAUAAUAACCGUUCUAACCUCUUCCAGGAAAAUAUUUUUAGAACUACUAGCUUUUCCACAGAUAGGCAAAUGAGGAUUCUUGAGGAAGCUGCUCCACCAUGCUUUUAAGACUCUGGCAGGGUGGCAGGAUAUAGAUCCCUAUAUUAAUAAGUCCUGUAAAUACAAUGUCUUAGGGCUUUGUAUAGCUGUCCUAGACUGCAGAAGUGUCCUCUGAUUAAAUCCAAAGUCUGGCAUUGUUAACCACAUCGUGCUGUAGUGACGCGUCUUAUCAAGGCACCUCUUUCUAUGUUUGAUUUGCUUUUUCCUAGAGUAUUCGCAUCUCCUCCGGUGAGAUAGAAAGGCUAUGAAAGCAAUUAGGUUUCCCAGUGAUCUAUGUGACCAAAUGUUGGACAGCCCUAUUAAAGUGGUAAAUAACUUCUUUCUUAACCCACUUGUCCUCUGUGUCUGCCAUUUAGUUUUACAGACUCUGCUUCGACCAAAUCACAAGAAGACCCUGUUCAUAUUUGUAGUUAGCUAGAAGGUCUUUGAAACUACGGAGGCUACUAUUGCCAACAAUAAAAUAUUUUGAAACCUAGAAAUUGAUGAACAUGAUUGUAGCGAUAAAUCCAAUGACAACUGGGUCACUUCCAUGUGGGUCACGCUGAUAAUUACAUGGGGCUCACCCCCACCACAAAGUCAUUUCCCCUGUCUUUUUGGAGUUGCUGAGCUAAGAGUAAACAUCUUCCUGCUUAAGACCUGCUUUUCCUGGGGGAAGUUUUAAUGGAACUUUACACUCCUGUUACCGUGUCAUCCCAGAAGUACAAGUGUUGUGUUCUGUUUUCUCCCAAACUUAAUCUCUGGCCUCUGUGUUGUUGGAGACUCUUCCUAAAUCAACAGCACUGCGGCCCCUGACUCUGGACUCUCUAGUAUCAAGCCUUAAGUAAAACUCAAGACGCCCCUUUAACUCUACCUAAACAGCCUGAAGUUUGAUUGAAUGUGUGAACUUCUAACCAUAAAAUUUGAUUCUGUAUCUUGAAGUCCUGUAAAAAAUAUCUAGAGAAAGAAAUAGAAAUCUUGACUGUAAAAUUGAGACUUCCAAACAGUGUGGAUUCUUGCUAAAAAGGGAAUAUAAAAUUCAUUCCAGUACCCAGGUGUGUUUGCAAGUGAUAGCUACCCAUUACUUGAGACCCCAGCACUUAAGAAAUGGAAAGGGUAGGGCUAUGAGGAGUUCCAAGUCUGCCUGGGAUACAGAGCGAGACCCCUGCCCCAAAACAACAAAAACCUUCAUUCCAGCAGUCCUUUCUGGGUUUUACAUUGAAGAUUCAAGUGGCAAGCAAUAUCUUUUAGAGAGAGAUUACUUCUUAUCUGUCAUUUUCAGAUUAAAAACCAUAAAGAAAAAAAUAAAUUAUAUUAAAACCAUAAACCCUAAUAAUUAUAUAGUUAAGAAAAAAACUUAAAGUUAAAAUAGAAAUGUUUGACAGAGAAUUUAACAGUGCCUCAAACACACCUAAAGACAGUGUGAGAUAUCACUUUGCUAAAUAGGAUUGAAAUGGGAGCCUAUGAAAAUUCACGUCUAGAUGAAUUUACUGUCACCAUAUUGUCACAUCUUCAGUUUUUCAGGAAACACAGAAGUCUCGAGUUUUACAUAAAAUCCCUAACAUUCCUAAAACUAAAUGAGCCAACUUCACUUAAAUGGCAGCAAAUGUUGUUUUUGUGUCACGUUCUCUGAAGGGUGGACUGAGCUAUGAUAUUAGUGUCCCCUAGAGUCUUCUACUAACUUUGAUCCCAGAUGAAAGACCAAUGAGAAAGAAGCAGACUCCUCUAUUAUGCAAAACCUCUCAUUGUAAGACAAUUCUGGAACACACACAAGAGAGAGAGAGAGAGAGAGAGAGAGAGAGAGAGAGAGAGAGAGAGAGAAAAACACCAGUAUGUGAGGCACCAGAAGCUCUAACCCAACCCAAUGUUAGACCUAGCCUGGAGAGUUACAUCUGUUAGCUCACUGACACCCAUAAAUUCAGGCAGCAACAUCCCUUGAAGAGACCUAGAGAAAUAAAUCACAUCAGAAUCAGGCAGCUAUCCAAUAAGACAGAGCAAAUAUUUGUAAAUGUCAAAUGCAAUUUAGAUUCAUCCAAGCCCCUUACACAAAUGUGUGAACCAUCAAAUUGUGUUUAAAUUUAACUUGUUCAAAUUUGGGGAAUUCAGUCGCUACCAUCUGCCUACUGAGCCUGCACAUUUAUGGUGCACAAAAUUUUAUCACAUGCAUAUGAUAAUAAAGGGAUUAGUGUGUAUGACUAAUAUCAAUUUUAAGCUUGUGCCCCGCAUACCAUGAAUAAUCAGUA